AAAGAAAAGUAGGGAGACAGUGGGGUGGAUUGUGGGUUUGUUAGCUUUGAUUAUUUCCUUAAAUGGACGAACUGUAACACUAUAACACGAAUUUUAUUAUAUCAAGUAUUUAUUCUAUACUGCGAAGAUACAAGACACAUUUUUGGUUUGAGGAACACCUUGAACAAGUAAAAUGUCACGGGGGGCAAUGCAGCCGAGCCAGCAAAAGCUGGCAGAGAAAUUGACCAUCCUUAACGACAGGGGAAUCGGGAUGCUCACCCGUAUCUAUAACAUCAAAAAGGUAACUAAGAUAUGUCGGUGUUACAUUCUUAAGUUCAUAAAUGUAUAUAUACAUUUAUCCAUUCUUAGGUAAGUAAAUAGAAACCUGUGUUUGGUUCUAAUAAUAUAACGUUACAUGACUGGUGCAAAGCAUCGGGAAUGGUCAGGAAUCAGUGCGAAGGCCUUAAUGCUAGCUAGCCUGCUUGUAAUGGUAGACAGACUGCUAGCUAAUCAUCCUCAUCUUGUAGUAGCUAGUUAGGCAGAAUGCUCGGGUGGGUGCAUAGCCAGAAACGACAUUCUGUAAAGUCUACUAUGAUUUCAAGAAUCAGUACGUCUGUUAACACGCAACAUGAUAAGUGAACGUGUUGAUGACAGCCAUUUAGGUAGCAUGCUAGUAGUGAUGAGGGCGGGGAUAUUUUUGUUGAUAUCAUUCUGACUAUCGCAAUAUGUUUAGAGCAAUUAUUUCCAUGAUUGAUCUAAACGAGUUCUCAUGGCUCGCUCUUGUCCAUCUGCAGCAGAGACAUGGUGAGCAAUAUGUUUGGAACAUCGAAUCACAAUGAAAUCACAGUAUCAAAUCACAAUACUGGGUGUGCAGCAAAGUAAAAUACUGCAAUAAUAGACUACGGUAUAAAACCCUCCAUUUGGAGACUAUCGCAAAAUGAGAGCUACUGGGGUGUACAUGAUUUUGAUCCAAUCUUUAUCAAGGUCUUGUUGAGCAGCUGAU